AUGAACGCGGAGAGAGACAUCUCCAAAGCAAGGACCCAGCUGAGACCACAGGCCAAUAUCACCCUCAUCCCCUCUGGCAUCUCCAACGAUUGCAACACCCUCCUCCAAGCCAUCAACAGCGAUGCUGCCCUUACCUCCUGCGUCCAGCCCCUCAUCACCGCCACGGCGUCCUUCAACCCUCUAUCCGGCGCCAACCUCUCGACAUCAGACAUCAACUGGUCCCUUGCCAGCAUGUGCAAGGCCAACACGGGGUGCUCGGACUCGGUCAUCCGGACCUGGUUGUCAAGGUUCUACGCCUCGUGCUCGGCGGAACUCACCAACCCUACCACCUACAACGCCCAAGUACGGGAGCUGUACGACAUCCUGUACGUCGUCAACCCGCUCAAGGGCGCGGUGUGCUCGAUCGACUCGGCGAACCAGCAGUACUGCGUGAACCAGGUCAUUGGCGUCGGGAAGAACUCUACGGGUCCGAGCGCGAACAAGGGGGCAGGAUCGGCGGUAUCGGGGAGUGUGUCGGGUAGCGCUACGCCUACGCCAGGUGUGGCUGCGUCCGUGGCGUCUGCUGCGUCCGCGGGAUCGUCGCUCGGGGCUGCUAUCAGCUCCGAGUCGGCCUCGCUCGACGCCGGCUCGUCCCAGGCCACCCUCGCAACCGUCAUCACCCCCAACGCGACCACUUACCGGUCCACCAACCUCCCCUUCCUCUUCCUCCAGCCCUCCUUCAACGCCGACCGUCUCUGCACACCCUGCACCCGCGAGAUUAUGGUCGCGUACAUCAAGUGGGAGACGGCCGUGCCUUAUGCGCUCGGUCUCGCCCAGUCCCCUAUCCUCGGCGGACAAAUGGACCUCUGGCAGUCGAUCGACCAGACUUGCGGAUCGACCUACGUCGCUGCCAUCAAUGCUCAGGUCGGGCAGUUUGUCGGUAUCUCCAACUCGUCCAGCUCGGCCAGGUCGGUCUUGGCCGCGCCGGGUGGCGGGAUCGGGUCGGCUGUGUUCGGCGCGGCGGUCCUAGCGGGUCUUGCGGCGUACAUGGUCUAG